CUGGUCGAAAAGGAAACGAUAUUUUCGAUCUCUGCAUUGGUACCGCUGGGAAAGCGAGCCAAAACGGAGCUACUAUCUCGAGUUGUAUAAUCCUUCGUUUCGUCUUUGAGUAACUAACGAUAAAGCUGAAUUUGUAAUUUGUUCUCCACGCACGAUUCCUGCCUAACCUUCAAUGUCGGCACUGUGCUGACAUGAAAUAAAAACUGAAAAGACGGCAUAGUUCUUCGGUUCAUUUCCUCUGGACAAAAGUAGGACCAGUAGAGCAGGCCCAAUAUCAGGCAGCAUAUAGGCUAGUCCACGACUAGCCCGACUAGCCCGACAGCCAAGAUGGGGGACGACGACUCCGACGUGAGUUUGACGCCGCAGGAACAGUUCUUCCUCGCCGCGUCGAAGGGCGACGUAGCUGUCAUCAAAGCCCUGCUCGAUGGCCGCCCCGAGAACGGUGUGGAUAUGGACGCCAAGGAUGAGAGUGGUCUGAGUGCAUUGAAUCUGGCAAUAACCGAGGGAUAUCUAGGGGUGAUGUACCCUCUACUAGAGGGUAACGCCCAUAUUGGUGACGCCAUGUUAAGAGCCGUCGACGCUGACUUCCACGAGGCUGUACGAACCCUGCUCCAAUUUGCUGAAGAAAGGGACGAGAGUGGUCGAAUGGCGAUCAUCAACUGCAGAUGCGAAUCGAGCGACAUUCAUCCGGACAUCACCCCUAUGAUCAGGGCGGCACAGCUCAACAGCUUUGCCAUAGUGAAGAUGCUUCUGGAGGCAGACCUGUUGAUCCCUGAGCUGAACACGGAUGCCUUCCAGGAUGAGGCUGCAGAUGAUCUUCAACGGUCCGUAGGGACCCUUGAGAUCUAUGGUGGACUGGCCAGCGAGGCCUAUGUAUGUCUAGCAAGCACCGACCCAAUCGACCGGGCUUUCACACUGUGUGGGAUUAUGAAACGGAUAGCUAUCCUGGAGGUGGAGUUUAAAGUGCGAUAUCUCGAGCUAGCGGAUAAAAUGGAGAGGUUGGCCGCCGAACUUGUAUCAUACGCACGCGAUUCCGAGGAGAUCAAUACAGUGCUCACGUUCCAGGAGACUAACGCACUGAAUGGGGGCGCCCAGAAUCAGCGCCAUGUUGGAAACAUUCCCAAAGUGACACAAGCUAUCCAGUAUGAACAACGACAGUUCGUCGCGCACCCGAACACCCAACAAGCAGUUUCGGCCCAGUUCUAUCGCCACCUCGCCCAUCUCCGUGACGAGCCGCCCUUGGUCAACUUCCUCGCUUUCAUCGGUCUCGUCGUGGCUUUCCCGUUUUUUUCAAUCCUCUACAAGCUCGGCGUCUCCACACAUAUUCGGCAUCUUGUUCGAACUCCGUAUGUCAAGUUCGUGAUGCAGGCCGGGGCAGACUUUAGCAUGCUUGUCAUCUUGUUAAAUAUAGACACAUCAUCACACCUGCAUAACAUCAUCAUGACACGCAACCAGUACAUUGUGCAUUUCAUACUCCUGCUCUUCGUGGUUGGAUUGAGCUGGAAGGAGAUGUACUUGGCUUACCUAUGUGGGAUCAGGAAGAUUAUGUCAUCCUUCGAGCAUAUCAGGGACACCCUCAUCUCCAUCCUGCUCAUGGUCUACUUCGUUUUGACCUUCCUCAGCAUGUUCCAGGAUUCGGGGACAUGCCCUGCCGCACCGACCAUAGACCCGAACGCCGUGAACGUCCUUGAAAACUCCACUACCAACAUCGGUGGCAUCACGCGUCUCAGACUCGAAGAGAUAGAACUCAAUGGCCCCUCCCGGGACGUCGCCAUUGACAUCAUCAUCGAAAUACUUGCCGACCUCCGCUGUGUAUCAUCACCUGCCCUGCAGAUGGAUGAAGCAGAAGUAACCACAGGACCGCCAUCAACGUCAGAUUGCGAGAAAACGAAUUCGAUCCUGUCCCGAAAAUGGAACGAUCCGUCUCUUAUCGGCAACGGUAUCUUCGGCAUCGUCACGGUUCUAGCCUUCACCAAGUUGAUGUCAUUCCUGAUCGCAAACGAUUUCGUCGGCCCGCUGGUCAUCUCAGUCGGCGACAUGGUGAAGAGGACGUCGAGCUUCUUCAUCUUUGUAAUCGCUGUCAUCAUCUCGUUCUCUUCGGCGAUGACGUUCAACUAUAACAUCUACAGCCAGGGAGACAUAGAGAGAUGUGAGACGAAUGAUGCACAUGGAGACUGCGGCAGGUCUUACGAGUAUAGGAACCUGGGACGCAGCAUGAUGUCCCUCUACUGGUCACUCUUCGGUCUGAUUGACCGGGAUUCCUUGAACAUCAAAGCAACGCCCGACGUCAUCAGGGGUGCAGGAGAACUCCUUUACGGUGCCUUCUAUAUCUUCGCUGUGUUGGUCCUCCUCAAUGCUCUCAUUGCCGUUAUGAGUAACGUCUUUAACAAAGUAGAGGAAAACGCCGAUGUGGAGUGGAAAUUCGCCCGAACCACGCUUUGGAUGAGUUUCCUUAACGACACCGUUACCGUCCCGCCGCCGUUCAAUUUGUUGCCUGAUUGCAGCCAACUUAAGCAACGUCUAAAGUUAUGGUGGCAGAUGUGUCGUCGACGUCGAAACAUUCAGACAGAAGUGCUUCGUGAUUCCUUAAAAUUGAAUGAUAUGCAGAAAAGGAAAAGAACUUACAAGCGAGUGGAUUUGUCCAAUUAUCAGCGCAUUAUGCGGAGGCUCGUUGAACGUUUCGUUGCCGAGCGGACUGCCCAGGAAGCUAAUGCACAGGGAGGUAUCACCGUGGCCGAUAUCAGGAACCUACGAAACGACGUCGUGGGAUUGAGAUAUGAAACAUUUAAGCAGUUGUGUCAGAUGAAUGAAGAACUGGACAGGUCGAAGCAACAGAGUUCAGCGAUCAGCGGGCAGUCAAAUCAGGCCAGUGUGGUGUUCACACGAACAGACAAGAUAAAGGACGAGGUUCACGAAUACAGCUCGGGUCUGGCUGAGGUCCAAUCCGAACUCUCGCAGAAGCUCAAGAUCCUCCCCGCGCUCGAGGAGCUCAUGCGGGAACUGGCCGAGAUGCACAAGGCGAGCGGCGUGCCCGAGCAGUGGGGCAAGCGGGUCCAGGACAUGGUGGGUUACUACGAGGAGGUGAAGGACAUCGUGGCCGCGAGCAAGGAUCGACAGGUCAGGACGAGCUCCUUCAACCUGCGACCCGGAGUCAACGUGACCUCGGAAGAUGAGGACGGGCAAAACACUUGGUUGUAAAUUGUCACUCGCUUGUAUCUCUAACCUGGCUACGUUUGCAUGAGCUGGUUUGCAGUUGACAACACUGUCCCUUUCGCACCGGCUUCAAAUCUUGUGCAUGCCUUCCAUGUUUAAUUUAAAUCUUUCCGAUUCGUUUCUUUUUGAUGUUGCUAAGCAUGGCCACUUUGUAAAAUGCUUACUUUGUACAUUGUAUAUUGUACAUGUAACUUGCUAUCUGUCAUGGGGCUUUUGAUAUUGCAUUUUCAUGUCGUCCUCUUCAACUAUCAAAUGCACUGUAAGAAAAGUCCAGAUUUUAAUCUCAUCAGUUUGUGAAGUUUUCAGGUUUGCUUUAAUUUCAGAAAUGCACUUGAUAACAAAGGCGAUAUAUUAUGUGUGCACAGAAUGCAUUACGUAACGUAUCAAUAAUCAAUCAAUCAAUAAAGCUGCAUGUCAAAUUUAGUCACCAUCUGAUAAGCAUCUGAAUACUAAACUGAUAUCAUAUCUUAGAACUGAAGCAUAUGAACUUAUGAUACCGUAGUUAAUACCUUAUUUCUUGUAUGUCAUGGUGUGGUUUACUUAUGCUUAUUUUAUAGGUCGAAAGUCUCGUCUUCAGGCAGUAAUUACUCCAAGGUAAAUUUUCGAUUCUAACCGAAUUCUUCAAGUGUACCAAUAACCUGAAAGAAAGAAAGAAAAUGUAUAGCUAGAAUGUAUGAAAUCAACCUUAUAAAAUCCUUAAAGUACAUUGUUGAAGGUUGAUGAAAAAAAAAAUUGAAAUUUGUGUAUGAAAUGUUACUUAUUAUAUUCCUUCUACUGUACUGACCCUCUAACGGGCAAAAUAU